AUGUCGCAACAAAGAACAAAAUAUGCAGAUAGCAUAUUGACCUCGAAAAGUCCCUAUGAAGCUACCGAGACUAUUAGAAUUAGACUAUCACAGGUCAAAUUGCUAAACAAAGACUUUUAUCUGCUAUUCAAGGAAUUAUCCAACCUAAAGAGAAGUUAUGCCCAGCAAUUGAGGAAAAUAAUAGCUGAAAAUGAAGAUAUAACGAAAAUUUUGAAUGCUCAAAUGAUUGAAAGCGACGUAUUGACUCCGCAGGAAAUGAGUGCGUUCAAGUUUGACUCACUGGGAGAACUUAGAAGUGUAUGGAAUACCGUCAUUGAAGAAUUAAAGGCGGACUUGAAGGCAAGUACGGAAUACUAUAACACCUUGGAUCAUCAAGUGGUUCAUGAAUUAAAGGAAUCCGUGGAAAACAAUACUAGCUGGAGAGAAAGUAAGGACUUGCACUCCAAGCUUAGUAAAAACGCUGCCUCAAUUGAGCACUAUAGUAAGAAUAACGAAAAAUCCACCAACUUGGAAGAGGCGAGAAGACAAUGGGACCAGCAAAGCCCCUAUCUUUUCGAACUGUUCGAGACAAUCGAUUAUAACCGUUUGGACAUUUUGAAAAACUGUAUGUUGAGAUUUCAAACCGGUUUUAGCGAUUACUUAUUGAAUGCUACCAAUGAAUGUGAAAGUGUGAUGACAAAGUUUUUAGCGUUUGAACCUCAACUUGAAAUUGAUCGUUUCGCCAGAGACGCAAGCCAAUACAACUUUCAACUGUCCUCUGCUUCUAAGGAAGCUUCUACUAAUGAUGUAAUAUCUGCUUCAGCCGCUGCUACUCGCCCAACGUCUACCUCCGAAAGUGCUCCUGGUUUAAGUACCGAAAGAGAUAAGAAAUCUCCAAAAAAGGACAAGAGAAAGAGUACGUUUGGAAGUAUCGGCCAUCGUCUUGCUUCUGCGUCCUCAACCCUUACUCAUGGCGAUCUCAUGAAUAACGACUUUUCGGACUCCAUAAAUAAUUCUUCAUUGAAAUCAAAAAAAUCAUCCCAUACUUUGAGAUCUAAGGUUGGUUCAAUUUUUGGUAGAAAUAAGACCAAGAAUAAGAGACAACAACAGUUACCAUCAAGCUCUCAUACUCAGGAAUCUAUCACAGAACACGCGAAUAACUCUUCAUCUAGAGUAUCUUCUGCCGCCACUUCUUCCAUCUAUCAGAAGCAACGUCGACCCACUUAUGCAUCUUCAAAAUCAAAUAAUUGGACUCCAGCUGAAGCUAGUGACACUCCGCCACUUCCUCCUCAUGCUACUCCCAAUAACGUAGAGGUACCUAGUACUGCUGACACAUCCCCUACACCACUUUCUAUACCAACUUCGAUGCCUAUUUCAAGCGGGCAGCAAAGUCCCCCACGGGUUGCGCAAGAAACUGGUGCGGAUGAAAUCCCUAAGACGGUACCGAUAUCAAUAUCUCAACCCCCACUCCAACCGCAACUGAAAACCAAACCUUUACCGGUCGAACCUGCCUCUCCAAGUGUCUCAAUUCCUACUGCUAUAGCCGAUAGCCAACUUUCGGCACAAAUGGAUUCUAGGCCUUUGCAUAUUCGUGCUCCUGCUUUACCGCCAUCAAGGAAGCAGAAUGCCAUUCAUAGCAGAGAUUCUCAACUAUACGAAGCAUUACCGAAUCAUGGCUCCGGUUCUACACCUACUUCUUCUUCGUUGUCCUCGACACCUCAAGAGCGUCCAGUUUCCACGCUUACCUCUCAAAUUACUGGCGAGUUAAAGGAGCUAAAUCCUCAGGCCACGGGCUCAUCAACCUCGUUAGUAGGGCAGUCGUUGUUCCAGCACUCCUCACUGGAAAUGUCCCAUUUCGGACUGAAUGCUAGUAUUGCAGAAGUACUCAAUGCUUCCUUCAAAGAUGGAAUGUUGCAAAGUUCCCAAUUGAUCGGUGAAAUUGCGCUAAACUAUUUGCCUAACUCCAUCGUAAAUCCCUCUUUACCUAUUGGUAUUAAUUUGAAAAUCUGUAAUGGUGCUAAGUUCGAAAAGGUUAUCUUGAAUCAGGCCUUCAUCGAGCGUGUGGCCGCGGAAGAAUUUAAAGUCAAUCCAUCCUUCAUUGAUUCCAGAACUUUGGGCGCUAUCAAAUAUUCUAUAAAAGAGUCAGUAGCCCCUAUUGUUAUUCAUCCAGUCUGGAGAUUUGAACCUCACCAGGCAAGUGUUGUAUUGACCGUCAGGAUAUCAUCGAGCCUACCUAAGGACAUAUCACAAAUCGUCAUUGAAGACCUGGUUGUCUUUGUAAAUAUUGAUGGCGCCAAUGCAACAAGUGCUUUGUCAAAACCUCAGGGUUCUUUCAGUAAAGAAAAAAAGAGAAUAACGUGGAGAUUUAAAGAUCCAGUCGUCUUAACAAGAAAUGGUGAUGGCCAAAGAUUAAUUGCCAGAUUCAUUACAGACGGUUUAGCGCAUGAAUCCGCGAAGGGUGUCAUUACUAAAUUCACUAUAAAUGAGACAGAUAACACAGCACUACCUCAUAGCGGAGCUGGUAGCGGUAUUUCGUUGACUUGCCAAGAAUUGGAUGAAAAUAACCCAUUUGGCGGUGAUUGGUUGGACGUAAAUACGAAGAGAACCUUGACCACCGGCAACUACCAUGGUCUUGCCUGA